GCGGACCCCGGGCAGCCCCGCUACCGCCGAGUGCGGCUGCUGUGCAUGCUGGCGCUCACCUUCCUCUUCUUCGUGGUGGAGGUGGUGGUGAGCCGGAUCACAGCCUCGCUGGCCAUGCUCUCGGACUCCUUCCACAUGCUGUCCGAUGUCAUGGCUCUGGUGGUGGCCCUGGUGGCCGUACGCUUCGCCCAGCGCACACGCGCCACCCACAAAAACACCUUGAUGGGCGCCUUGGUCAACGCUGUCUUCCUCACCGCCCUCUGCUUCACCAUCCUGCUGGAGGCCAUCGAGCGCUUCACCGAGGCCCACGAGAUCCAGCAACCGCUUGUGGUGAUUGGAGUGGGAGCUGCGGGGCUCCUCGUCAAUCUGCUGGGGCUCUGCCUCUUCCACCAGCAUGGAGGUGGGGGGCACGGGCACUCGCAUGGUGGGAGCCAACACCACCGCAGUGGCAGCCGCACCAAAUUGGAGCGAUCUUCUGGGGAUGGGGAUGCUGUGCUGCGCACGGAGGAGACCAACACACUGGUGGAGAAUUGCAGCAGCACCAAUGGAGUCAACCAAGAGAAGUUAGGUGACAUGGUGAAAGAUGGCAAGGCGGAACUACAAGCAAAUGGGAGUGCAGGUUCUCACUCUCUGGACAUAGAAGUUGAAGAAGACUCCAGUGGACAGCUUAACAUGCGUGGAGUUUUUCUGCAUGUGCUUGGAGAUGCUUUGGGUUCAGUGAUUGUGGUGGUGAAUGCCUUGGUCUUUUACUUUUCUUGGAACCCAUGUCCCAAAGAUGGGCCAUGUUUUAAUCCAUGUGUCAAUAGCCAUUGUAUAGAAAAUGCUACUGUGGCCCCACCACUUGUCAGUGCUAAACUGCUCAAGCAAGAGGGUAUUCAUGUAGCUGGUCCCUGCUGGGUGCUGUAUUUAGAUCCCUCUCUUUGUCUGAUAAUGGUUUGUAUACUCCUUUAUACAACUUAUCCAUUACUCAAAGAAUCUGCCCUAAUCCUUUUACAAACUGUUCCCAAACAAAUUGAUAUAUAUUCUUUGAACUUGAAACUACGUAAACUUGAAGGAGUUGAAGCAGUCCAUGAACUACAUGUUUGGCAACUGGCAGGCAGCAGAAUCAUAGGCACUGCUCACAUAAAAUGUCAUGACCCUGCAUCAUACAUGAAAGUGGCAAAGCACAUUAAAGAGAUUUUUCAUGAUGAAGGGAUCCAUGCCACUACAAUUCAGCCUGAGUUUGCCAGUGUAGGCUCUGAAUCGGGUGUUGGCAAAUGUGAGUUUCCCUGCAGAACUCAGUGUGCUCUGAAGCAGUGUUGUGGGACCACAGAAGGCAAUACUGAGAAGAAGACAGAAAAGACAUCUUCAAUUGCUAUUUCAUGCUCAGAAAUAAUUAUUGAAUCACCACACCACAAAACUAGGAGGACUAAAUCUGAAAGUAUACCCACUGUUAGGCUAGAGGCAGAUGAUGACCCAGACACGCAAUUUGAAUCAUCUUUGUAAUUUCUAUAGGUGUGCUGUUUGAUAGCUUCAACUACAGCUUUAUUGCAACAGAAAAAGACUGAUAUUUGAGAUGCAAGUGUGUCAAACAGUGUAGUUGUUGAAGUCCCUGUUCUUGUCACACUGCUAAAUCUAGAAUGCUUGUUUUAAAGAACAUAAUGGCAUUGUCAUGACACAAUGUGUUUGUGUUGACUUUGUAAUGAGUGGCACUAAAGAGUGCCAAUGCUGUAAAACAUUUGGAAAACUAGUUUCAACGCUUCUGUUGAGCUUCAAAUUGAAAUAUUUUCUCUCCUGAAAAGCUACUUGAGGGUUAAGUAAAUUGGAAUGUAGUUUGUGUUAGACUUCUCAUUGGGGCAACUUUUUCCCUUAAUAUUUGAUUUGUAGAUAUUUUAAUAUAUUGUUUGUAAUCCAUAUGAAAACCAAAGUUCAUUAUUUUUAAGGAUGUUACAACAUCAAACUAGAAACCACAUUGUCCAUUUCUCACAUUUCCCUUAAAUCUAUACAGUCAACAAUGUGUGUGUUUCUAGUGGAUUUAUUGCAUAGUAUAAAUAGUAGUAUAUUUUAAAAGAAAUGUAUCAGUCAUAUGAUUGAUACAAAAUUGUUCAUUUCUUCCCCCCCUCCUUUUUCUCCUCCUUCCCCCUGCUGCUCUGGUGGUGUGGGGGUAAUUAAAAUUAAUUUUUACAACUGAUUUUAACAAACAGCUAUGUUCUGUUAAUGUAACUUCAACAUGCUGAAUACUCAUCUGAUCAGACACUUAUCUGAUCAGGACAUUUAAUUUAUCAUAGCAAUGCCAACCAGCACUUCUAAAUUGGAGGGUUUAUCAACAUUGACAUAAUGUUUCCUGGGUUUAAAUUAUAACUGCAGUAAAAAUGAACUUGGAUGAAAUUUUACUGAUAGUCUCAAUGCAGCUGUAAGUCCUUAUUACAGUGGUUGAAAGCUUGGCCCAUUGAAGUGAAUUGAAGCUUUGCCAUUCAGUAAGGCCAGGAUUUCAUCCAAUAUGUUUUACUCUUUUUAAAACUCUGUGUUUCAAAUAAUUUUAAUUGAAUGUGUAAAUAUUCAGUUUAAAACUGUUUAACACAACUAAAUAAUAGACUGGUUCUGCUGGGUGCGCCAUCAACUCAUGUAUUCUCAAGAAUUGGGGAUUGUUGACUCUGAAUCAAUAGGAUAUUGGGGAGAACUGGAAGCAAUAUAAAUAAGAGACUUCGGUCCCAUGCUGAGUGUCAUGCUCCAGGCCCAAAUGGACCCUUAAAUCCACUUUUGGAGCUGCAUAUAUAAAUAGUGAGAAACAUAGGACUGAGAGUUGGAAGAUCUGAGUUCUUUUCCCAGUUCUGCCUCACAACUUACAUUAUGUGACCUUGAGUUAGUCACUUAACCUCUCUGCCUCAUUCUACUAGUUUGUAAAAUGUGGAGAAUACCUACCUCAUGGGAUAUUGGGGGGCUUAAUCCAUUAGUUUCUAAAGGCUUUUGACAUCUUCCAAUGGAAGACACUAUAGAAGUGCAAAGUUGUUUUAUUGCUUGUUUUCCAACAGUGGCUCCUUUUACAUAUGUGCAGGCACAACAGGAUAAUUUAAGGACAGUUUUGGCCUUAUUUAUGGAUUUUGUGCAUACUGUAUUUUUAAGGUUUUAAACAAUAUUUAAAUUAAUAUAUUUUAUAUUAAAAAUGUUUUGGUUAGUAAAGGAAAUGCAGGUUCUUUUUCCCCCCUCAAAUAUAGAACUGCUCACUAAUUUGCACUUCUCUAAUAUUCCCUAUUAUAUUCAUAAGUGGUUCACAACUGACUAAUGCCCUUCUAGAGGGAGAUCAGGUCUGGUCAUGUCAGUGGGCUUACUCAGUUUCUCAGCAAAGCAUUAUAGUGAGGUCUUACAUUAAGAUUGUUUGCAAAAUGUACUACCAUAUAUGUACUAAUAUGCAAUGAAUCAUUGUCAAACUCUCUCGGAGAUGAACAAAGUGCACUUGAAAUGCAUAUCCUUGCUUUUUUUUCCACAGUAAACUGCUUCACUGACUAGUA